AUGAUUCGUCUCGCUUCGAACGGCUCCGUCCUCGCACGAUCGAAGCGCGCGCGAGAAAUCAGCGCGUUGCUGCUUUUCGCGGCGUGUUUCACCCUGUUCACACGGUAUCACCUCGCCAAACCCGUGCGUGCUCGGGUCGAAGAACAGCACUCGUGCGCACAACCGAAGCCGACGCGUUCGACGGCGCCGAUCGCAAAAGACGUCGACGCCGCCUUCGAUCGCGCGAUCAACGCGAUCAACGCCGAUAAGCUCAAGCGCUACGCGCUCUUCGACACCGUCUCGCGCGGAGGUACGCAGAGAGCCGACGGUUGGUACCAAGACAACGUGGAGCCCGCCGUGACGUGCGCGCGCGAAGAGCGCGUCGGUCCAGCUGGCGAGGGUGGGAAGUGUUUGUGCGACCCGAACCGUCUGCGCGCGCGGGGGGCGGACGGUUUGAUAUAUAGCGUCGGAAGUUUCGAUGACUUUAGUUUCGAAGAAGCGAUCAUGCGGGACGUGUCGAGCGCGUGCGAAAUACACGUGUUCGAUCACACGGUGUCGAACCCGCGAAACAAACCGUGCGGUGUCCACUUUCAACCAUGGGGAUUAGGAGGCGCGCGCGAACCCGAUGGGAGCGAUUUGAAAAGUUUAGCCGACGUCGUCGUCGCGCUCGGUCACAAAGGAAGGACGAUAGACGUAUUAAAAAUUGACUGCGAAGGCUGCGAAUGGAGCACUUACGGCAGCUGGAUCGACGCCGACGUGCGCGUCGAUGAAAUGCUCGUGGAAAUACACGCGGGCACGAUUGACUCGAACUUGAAAGAAGUACAUCAAUCGUGGCUCUCUCUGAUCGUCGGCGAUCAACUUUUCGGCCGCGGCGCGCUCGACCCUUUGCGCGAGCCGGUGGCGAAACGUUUCUUCCGACGCCUUCACGACGAAAACUUUUACAUUUUCCACAAAGAGCCGAAUAUCAAGUAUUCACUAUUGCACAAAAUGUGCGUCGAAUUCGCAUUCAUUCGCUUCGAUGGUGGUAUUGAGGGCGUGGAAAAUUCCCUAAACUCGUAG